AUGCUUCCACCAUUGCCUGGUCAAUUUUCAAAUCAUGAUGAGCUUUUUUCAUAUGUUCAAACCUUUGCUAUAAAUCAAGGAUAUGCUAUAACCAUAAAGAGAUCAAGAACUGAUAGAAACGAUGAAAUCAAAAAUACAUUGUUAGGUUGUAACAGAAGUGGUUCUUACAGAGAAAGGUUAGAUCAUUCACGCCAUAGAAUGACAGCCUUAAGACUUAUAAAUUGUCCAUUUGAACUCUUUGCAACUAGAUGUAGUAAUGUUUGGCAUCUUGAAAUUCAUAAUUCUGAGCAUAACCACAAGGCAUCAGAAGAUAUGUCUGGUUACUCAAUUGUUCGACAGUUAAAUUCUGAACAACGAGAACAAGUUCAGAUAAUGGCUGAUGCUGGUGCCCAUCCUUGCCAAAUUUUAGCAACAAUUCAUCAAAAUAAUUCUUCUUCAAUGGCAAUAUCCCAAACAAUUUACAACAUCUUGUAUUCUAUUCGCCAGGAGAAACUUAAUGCCUGUAUGCCAAUUCAAGCCCUUUUAGAUGAAUUGCAAGGAUCUGAUUUCGAAUUUGAAUACAAAUCAACAAGUGCAACUUCAGAUUCUCAUCUCAACCCUUGCACUGUAAUUUUUAAAUCUACUAUGGGACUUCCAUGUUCGCAUGUAAUUAGUGAACAUUUAGCAACUGGUCAACCAUUACAGCAAGCUGAUAUUCACAAACAUUGGUGGAUUCAAGGUCGUCAUUUCAAAUUUCUAAAACCCAUAUAUUCUGCAAAUGAAAAUAAUACUGAUCUUCAGCCUCUUCUUCAAUCUCUUACACAACUGUAUCAAUUCUGGCCACCACACCAACAAGCUAUCAUUUAUGCCUAG